GCCGGUCAUUCUCCCCCGCGACCCGCGACACGUGUAGCACCUGCAGUAGCGCGGAAACGCGCAGAGCUGCAUCUCAUGGAGGCCGGGUACGGUAGAAGUUUAGCAAUGCGACAGAUCGGACCGCACCGCGUUGUUGUAGUUUCACCGUCCGCGGCAUCGCAACGACCCAACCAAGCAGUCACCGUCGCAGCAGCAGCAGCAGCAGCCAGCAGCCUCACUUGUGCCAUCACCCACAGCAGACCAUGUCGAUGAGAUCCGUCCUGCUGCCCCAUCUUCAACGGUUGGGGGUUGUGGAACGGCAUCCGCAGCGGCGGCCGCAACGGCGGCUUCGACCAGAGCUGCGGUGGCAAGAGCAAUGCCGCCUGGAGCAACCGCGACAGCUGCUGCGACGGAUGCGGCGGCGGUGGGGUGUGAAGAACAGUCGGAGGAAGUNAGCUGCGGUGGCAAGAGCAAUGCCGCCUGGAGCAACCGCGACAGCUGCUGCGACGGAUGCGGCGGCGGUGGGGUGUGAAGAACAGUCGGAGGAAGUGGCAAGAGCGACGGAAGCAGCAGUGUUGGUCCUGGAGGAGCCUGUCGUCAGCAGCAGGAGAGUCGAAAGCAGCGGCGUGAAGCAGUGGAGCCUCUUCCAAUGUUUGGGCAGAGGGGGAAGCCAAUGUGCAUUCGCCGGCAGCGGCGGUGGCCAGACCUGCAGCAGCUGUGGAGACGACGGCAUCUACGGUUUCGAGAGGGGCGCGUCCUUCCCUUGUGGCCCGGGAGGAUUAUUUGCGCAGGAGGUGCGUGAGAAGGGAGACCACAAGAGCGGUGCGGCAACGGCGGAGAUGGCGCAGCCUAGGGUGGAGCGUCAACGCAUCCCUUUAACAGAGGGAAUCGUUCCUGGUGGAGGAGAGCGACCAAGGGGGCCGUGCUGGGAGUGGACCUCCCAUUCGAUCGAGGUAGAGAUGCAUAGGCACAUGCCGGGGGGUGAUGCUUCGCACCAACCGACACCACCUGGAGCGGCGGCGGCGGCGCGGGCGGCUUCGGUCAGCGCGCCGUCCCCGGCAGCAGCGUCAUCAGGAGCGGCGACGGCAGUGGUGGCUUCGGCCAGAGCUCCGUUGGCGGCAGUGGGAGUGACGGCCUCGGCCAGAGGUCCGGGGGGGGCGGCAACAGCGACGGCGGUGACGGUAGUAGCGGCCGCAGCAUCAGCGGCGGCGGCGGCGGCUUCGGCAGCAGCGACGGCGGGAGCGGCGCCACCGGCAACGGCAGCAGUUUGAGCGGGGGUGAGAAGGCGCGCGAGCGGGGGGAGAGUUUACCCUUGCAGUUUCCUGUUUGCGGUUGAGUUUUUUUUUUUUUCCCCGGGUUUUGACUUGUUGUGUUUCAGACAUUUGUGCAACAUGCGAAAUUCAAUGACAACUGUCGAACUCUGCUGAUUGUACUGCUGUCAAGAACCAUGGGGGGGGAUUUGUGUGCCAUGUUUCUAGCCGUAGUACCAGCAGAGCAGAGUGCUUUCGUCGAGUUCUGAAGUUGGAUUUGUUUCGUUAUGAUGUGCUUUGCGUUUUCUUCGUUCUGCUGUGUUGCGCCAAGAAUCAGGGGGAGGAGAUGUGUUAUCAUGAUUCCAGACGCAACACCAGCGAAUGCGUACUUGUUUUUCUUGUGUUUACAGGGAAUAUUCCAGCUAGGGGGCUGUUUCGUACACUUUGAUGUUUUGAGAUCGUCUGUGCGUUAGAAAUGAGAGAAAUAAAUAGCAGGCAGAUCUACAUGCAUGUUUUGGGGAGAUGCUGCAGCAGGGGGGCUGUUUGCAUGACUAUAUAUUGAUAUUGAUUUUGUUUUGUGCCAAAACCAGUGUGAAGGGAGAGGCACAGAUGUGUAUGUUUCGGGAGAUGUUGCAGCAGGGGGGCUGUUUGCAUGACAACGUAUUUAUAUUCUUCUAUAGUUUCUUGGACAACAGCGGUGGCACCGCGUCGCAUGUGCGCGCUGUUUAGUUUUUGGUCCUUGGAUGUUACAUUGGAGGAAGGAUUUGACAUGUUUUUACGAGUGAUGGUUGGGGCCCUUGUGCUUUCCGAAUGCUCGUUUUGAUUGGUCGAGAAAUUGAAACUUUGUUUUGUUCGAGGAUGGUGUGUCAACUCUUUUGAAGCGGUUUUCCAGAUUUGCACGUCACCGUUCCGACGCUUUUCUGAUGUAGCGCAGGUACUUGUUGGAUAAUCUUCUGAGGAUGACUCUUUUUUUGACGGUUUCUGAAUAAUUGGGGUCGUGGGUAAACUGAUGGAGACGCUUUGUG